GAGAGAGAGAGAGAUUUCGCGAGCUCUUGAAACGACGGCGUGUGCAGUAGUGUAAGAAAACUAGCGAUUAAAAAGCACGCCCACGCAGAAGAACUGCGACAGCGCACGGUUCUGAUCUGUUCCUACCGUCCGUGUCCGAGCUCCUUCUGCAACUGGAUAAAAUGGGUUUCUUUGUGCCUUUCAGUCGGAGGCAUUUAGUCCUUCGAGUUCUCCUGGUUCAGAUUGUUGCUUCUUUAGGAACUUUUGCAGCGCCUUCGCCUAUUAUUAAGUUCCCAGGCGAUGAUCCUGUAACCCGGACAGACAAAGAAGUAGCGCUGCAUUAUUUGAAUAAGUUCUAUGGAUGCCCACAAGACCGCUGCAACUUGAUGGUUCUGAAGGACUCGCUAAAAAAAAUGCAGAAGUUCUUUUCUCUUCCGGAGACUGGAGAGAUUGACCAGAAUACAGUUGAGAUUAUGAAGAAGCCACGCUGUGGAGUCCCAGAUGUGGCCAAUUACAACUUCUUCCCAGCAAAACCUAAGUGGCAAAAUAAUGAAAUUACAUACAGGAUUUUAGGUCACAGUCCAGAUAUGGAUGAGGAGACAAUUGAUGAUGCAUUCUUUCGUGCUUUUAAAGUCUGGAGUGAUGUUACACCUCUUAAAUUCAAGCGGGUCAUGUCCGGAGAUGCUGAUAUCAAUAUCAACUUCGGGCGCAAUGAGCAUGGCGACGGUUAUCCAUUCGAUGGUAAGGAUGGUCUCCUGGCCCACGCUUUUGCUCCAGGUCCUGGAAUUGGAGGCGAUUCUCACUUUGACGAUGAUGAGCAUUGGACUUUGGGAGAUGGGCAAGUUGUAAAGGUGAAGUUUGGCAACGCCGAGGGGGAGUUCUGUAAGUUUCCGUUUCUCUUCAUGGGUAAAAUAUACAACAGUUGCACAAAUCAAGGGCGUGAUGAUGGCUUUCUGUGGUGUUCGACAACCUAUGACUUUGACAAGGAUGGAAAGUAUGGCUUCUGUCCACAUGAAUUGCUUCUCACACUGGGUGGAAAUGGAGAAGGGUCACCAUGUAAGUUUCCCUUCACCUUCCAAGGAGAAAAGUAUGACAGCUGUACCACUGCAGGCAGAGACGAUGGGUACCGCUGGUGUGCCACUACUGAGAACUACGACCAGGACAAGACCUAUGGGUUCUGCCCUGAAACUGCCCUGUCUACAAUUGGAGGGAAUGCUGAGGGAGCUCCCUGUGUGUUCCCCUUUGUUUUCCUGGGCCAAACCUAUGAUGUGUGCACCACCUCUGGGCGUAAUGAUGGGAAGUCGUGGUGCAGUGUCACCAAGAGUUUUGACGAAGACCGAAAAUGGGGUUUUUGUCCAGACCAAGGUUACAGUCUGUUCUUGGUGGCAGCUCAUGAGUUUGGCCAUGCUUUGGGCCUGGAGCACUCCCAAGAUCCUGGAGCACUCAUGGCGCCCAUCUACACCUACACUAAGCACUUCAGGCUCUCCAACGAUGACAUCAGAGGAAUUCAGGACCUCUACGGAGCACCAACAGGAAAGCCACUUCCUCCCACUCAGGGUCCAGUCACUCCUAUGGAUAUCUGCAGUGAGAACAUUGUAUUUGAUGCUAUAGCACAGUUCAGAGGGGAGACUUUCUUCUUUACAGAUAGGUUCCUGUUUAGAACUACUAAUAUAGAGAAGAAGCCAUCAGGUCCACUGUUGGUGGCCACAUUCUGGAGUGAGAUUCCUGAGAAGAUAGAUGCAGCCUAUGAGAAUCCACUGGAGGAGAAGUCUAUUUUCUUUUCAGGUGAUGAAAUGUGGGUGUAUUCAGCGAGCAAUCUGGAGAGAGGUUAUCCCAAAAAGAUCUCCUCCAUGGGAUUUCCACCAGACGUCAGCCGCAUAGAUGCGGCCUAUGCCUUCCACAAGAGCAAGAAAACCUACCUGUUCUCUGGAGACAAAUUCUGGAGAUACAAUGAGGCCAAGAUGAAAAUGGAUCCUGGCUUCCCCAAACUCAUUGCCGAUUCCUGGAACGGAGUCCCUGAUGAUUUGGAUGCUGCCUUCAGUAUUAACGGAGGGGGCUACAGCUACUUCUUCAAAGGCUCCCACUAUCACAAAAUGGAUGAGAACUUUAGGAUCGUCAAAGUAGGAGAGGUGAAAACAGACUGGCUGCACUGCUAAACAGCAGCACGAUCCUCCUGCCAUGACCUGUAAACUCGGAUCAUCUUAUUCUGUGCCACUAUGGUGUAACGUUUUUAUAGUCAACACUCCAAUUUGUCCGAAUGUCUUCUUUCUGACUGAUCUCGUUCAGGUGAGAUCAGUCUGGUAUUAAUCAGCCUGUGAGGCUUUAUUAAGGUCACAAGCAUCUGGUGAUCUUUUGUAAUGAAACCUAGAUAAAAACCUGACCUUACAAACUAUUUGUUAAACCAUGUAAUAAUUGCUGUUUAUUCCAGUGCUCUUUGUUCUCUGUUAAUGGCCUCCUUUAAGAAAAUUCAACUGUGUGUCUCUAGAUUUGCAAAGACAUCAGGUAUGUCCCCACUGAAUAUUCAUGCAGUAUUGUAUUGCAUUUUUUUUUCUUUUUUACAUUAACCGGAUUCAGUCAAGCUAGGACUGUAAAAGCACGAUUAUAAGCAUAAAAAAUAAUGUUUUGAAAAUGUAUUUGCUGUUCUGACAUUUGUUUAUUAUUCUAUUAGUGGAAAUUAUCUGGUGAAGUAUUUUUUUAUAUCAUUUCUUAGGGGGAAGCACUUUUUGUACAUUAGUUAAAAUUGUGUUCUGCAGCAACACAGAGACCAAACAUAACAGUAGCACAUCAUUUUUCUUUUUGUUUUUUAUUUGUUCUUCUCUUUCUUUCAUGGCACUAGGAAAUUGAGGGCACGGGUUGCCUGAGACUGUAAAUGGGUUUGUUGCGUGAUGGACUCAUGACCGAAAAGUGUCAUGGAAAAUACUGUUAAUUAAUCCAAUGUACUUUGAUUUUGACCUUUUGAGUUGGCAUUAUAUGUUUUUUAUUGAUGUUUGCUUUGUGCACUUUGUCAUUAAAUGUUAUUCUGAAAAUAGA